AUGGCCAGCAGACCCUCUCUCGACCUCAGCCCGGUGAAACACUUCCCUAUUCCAACCCCACGGGCCGAUGCUGGCGGGCUGCCUCACAUAAACGGGCUGUGGACGCGAAGGGACGGGCGGAUUUGGGGCUCGGUUCAACCCUCCUCCCGGGGGAGCUUUUCCCUCGCCGGGGCAAGACCCGAGGUCCCCCGGGAGCGGCGCGCAGGGGUCUGGGGAUGGGGUUUUGGUGAUGAGAACGACGAGGUGGCCCCGGCAGAGCCCGCGGGAUUGCGGGGCUCCCGGCGGCGGGAGCGCCAGGGAAGUGUCGCUAACGCGGCCUGUCUCUGUGCCCCCGCAGCUCCCCGGCUCUUCAGCGGCAAGAACGUCCAGGUGCCCUUGCUGCUGGUGCUGGACCUGUACCCGAGCGCGGCGAGCGUGCAGCAGAUGGGUUGGUCACUUCUCUGUAAAUUAAUAGAAAUUUGUCCAAGUACUCUACAGAACAUAGCUCCUAAGGAUGUUGGGAAGGACUGGGAAGUACUGGGUGUUCACCAGCAGAUUCUUAAAAUGUUUACAGUCCACAAAGGAAAUAUAAAUCUCUCACUAAUAGGACUGAAAGCAUUAAAUCUUCUCCUCAUGUCAGACAUAAUUGCUUUCCUGCUCUUGGAGGAAGAGGUGGAUGUGUUUUCCUUGGUAUUUAAUGCCAUGCACACAUUCCCCAAAAAUGAAGAGAUCCAGCAACAUGGCUGUAAAGCAUUACACAAACUUUUUGAGAAAGUUCCAGAAGAGCAGCUGACUGAAUUUGUUGAAAGCAAAGAUCAUAUGAUCAUACUGAAAGUAUUUAAAGAGUUUCCAGAGAAAGAAGAGGUGAUUCUUCCUGCGCUUUACUCGUUACAUUCCUUAGCUGGUCCAUCCAGCAAUGUUGAAGUGCUCAUGUCUGGAAAUGUUCGCUGCUACAAUGUAAUAGUGGAAAUGAUGAAAAGUUUCCCCAAUAGUGAAACAGUUCAGGAAGUGAGUUGCUGUUUGUUGCAUAAGCUUACUUUGGGAAAUUUUUACAAUAUCCUUGUAUUACAUAAGGUUCCAGAAGUCAUUGUAAAGGCUGUUAAAACCUAUCCGGAAAAUGCAAAGCUGCAAGCUGCAGCUCUUGGUUGUUUAGCCCUUCUCACUGAAACAAUAUUCUUAAACCGAGACUUAGAGGAAAGAAAAGAAGAGGAGAAGGAAGAGAAGUUAUGCUGGUUGGAAGCAUGCUACAGAGCAUUAGAACUACACCAAAAAAACACAGAUGUGCUGGAGGCUGCAUGCUGGGCUUUGAAAAAUCUGUUUCUGUAUCAACAGAACCUUCAUGAGAAGAUUGGAGAUGGAGAUAAUCAGUUCCCAAUAGACAGAGCAGUGAUGCUUUCCAUGCUGAUGCACUCCUCUUCCAAAGAAGUGUUUCAGGCAGCUGCUAGUACCUUGGCAGUUUUGUCACAACAAAAUGUGAAUAUUAGGAAGACGCUUUUGGCUAAAGGAAUACAUAUGAAUGUUUUGGACAUAAUGAGGAAACAUCCACAUUCUCCUGAAGUGGCAGAAAGUGCCUGCAGAAUUCUGAAUCAUGUGUUUGAAGGAAGUUUCCCUCAUCUGGAUAUAAUGACAGUAGCUGCCUCAGAAGUUGUAAAAGCCAUGAGGAAACAUGAAAAAUCACUAUCUGUACAACUGGAAGGACUUAGAGUCCUUUUACACUUUACGAUGCCUGAUACAAAGAAUGACCAGAAUGGUUCUUCCAGAGAUGUGGGAGAUGCUGCUUUUGUGCUUACAGUCAAAGUCAUUAAAAGCCAGUGUCUUUUGGAGGGAACUCAUUCGUUGGUGCUUAAUGCUUUGAACAGGUUUAUUGGAAAUCCUAGCAUUCAGAAGUGUGGAUUAAAACUACUUGGUUCUGUCUGUGAGUGCACUGGUGCACUAGAAAUUUUAACCCAGCAAGGAGCUACUGACACUGUGCUUCACACCCUACAGAUGUAUCCAGAUGAACAAGACAUACAGUGUUUAGGUUUAAGUCUUCUACGCUCUUUGAUUACAAGGAGGAGUUUGUGUAUUGCAACUAUGCAUGUUCUGUCAACUGUUCUGGUUUCUACCCUGCGACGAUUUAAAGAGGUCACUGAAAUCCAGAUGCACGGAUUUCAUGCAAUCUUGUCAAUUCUUGAUUUGUCACCUUGUUUUGCAAAGCUACUGGUACAUGAGUCAUUUGACACAGUCAUUUUCUACCAGAUGUCUAUGUGUUUCACUGACCAGCGAGAUCGACAGUUUCAAAGCCUGUGUUGUAAAUGUUUUGCUAAAAUAGCUGAAAAUGAUGAUUUAAAAAAUCUGAUGCUGGAAAAAGCAUGUAUUGAGUACAAUAGUAUUAUGGCUGAAUGUUUGCUUCUACUGGGAGCUGAUAUUAAUAAGAAGACAAAGACCAAUUCUUUGAUCUAUCAGGUUUGUGAGAAAGGAAAUAAUCCUAAAUUGGUGGAAUUGCUAUUAGCCAGUGGUGCUCGAGAGCAGGAUGUUCGGAGUGCUUUAACCAUCAGUAUAAAGAAAGGAGAUAGCCAAAUCAUCAGCUUGCUCUUGAAGAGGCUUAGCCUUGAUGUUGCCAACAGCAGUAUAUGUCUUGGAGGAUUUGGUAUUGGGAGACUAGAACCUUCUUGGCUCAUUCCUUUGUUCCCAGAUAAACUUACUCCAGUAAGAAAACAAAAUGCAGGUUCUGCACUGGCAAGAAUGGUGCUUAAAUUCCAGAUGAAGAAUACUUCAGAGGAUAGAUCAAGAGCCUCCUCUGAUCUAAACUUCUCUGAAGAUGGAGUGGAUAAAAACUAUGACUGGGAUUUCAUUUCUGAUCCAUUAGUGGAGAGCAUAUUUCCUUUGAGUGAUGAUAUUGAUAGUGAAGGAAAUGAAGGUUUACUUUUGAAAAAACAGAAGUCCAAUUCCAUUGCAGUUGCUGAUUUAUAUUGUAGGGAAAUGGCAUUUCAAAGAGGUUCUCCUACUUUGCCACGACAUUCCUACUCUGUGGGACCUGGCUCAGAUUAUGAACCAUUAAUGAAACAAAGAAAAAAAGUCUUGCCUUCAGAUGAAUCCCCUAAAGGCAUCUCAAAAUUUUCACCAUAUAUAAAACCAUCAGACAGUCUUUCUUCAUUGAUCUCAGAGAAAGAAUAUAUUAAAUCACUAGAUCUUUCAUCAAAUGAGCUGGAGAGCAUUGAUGCCAUCAGCCAGAAUAGCUGCUUAACUAGUCAUCUGGAACAUCUUGAGAAACUGGAGCUCCACCAAAAUGCUCUUACAAACAUUCCAGAAGAACUGUGUGAGAACUUGAAAUGCUUGACUUACCUGGAUUUGCACAGUAACCGAUUUACUUCUUUUCCUACUUAUUUACUGAAAAUGAAUUGUAUUGCAAAUCUUGAUAUCUCUCGAAAUGACAUUGGACCUUCCUUUUCUUUGGAUCCGCACCUCAGAUGUCCAACUCUAAAGCAACUUAAUCUUUCAUACAAUCAGUUGGUGUGCACUCCUGAAUUUCUUACAAAUGUUGCUGAAAAUCUGGAACAGCUAUUGCUAGAAGGAAACAAAAUUUCAUGCCUAUGUUCACCCCUAUGCUUGAAAGAACUGAAAAUUUUAAACAUUAGUAAGAACAAUAUUUCAUCCCUUGCUGAGAAUGUCUUCACGGGCUGCACAAAACUGGAGCAGUUCAAUGCCAGGAUGAAUGCUCUUGAAAUAAUACCUGACCUGUCAUCCAGCAUAACAAGCUUAAAAUUAUCCCAAAAUCAUUUUAUUAAUGUUCCAGAAGCAAUUCUUCUUCUACCACAUUUGAGGUCAGUAGAUUUAAGCCAAAACAAGAUAAUAAGCCUGCCUGGACCAAUGCAUUGGAAGUCAUCAAACUUAAGGGAGCUCUUAUUUAAUCAUAAUCAAAUAGAUGUCUUGGACUUGAGUGAAAAGGCAUGUGCCUGGUCUAGGCUAGAAAAGCUACACCUGUCCCACAACAAGUUAAAAGAGAUUCCUUCUCAGAUUGGCUUCCUACAGAACUUGACUUCUCUGGAUGUAAGUCAUAAUCCCGAUUUGAGAUUCUUUCCAGAUGAAAUGGGAAGACUGUCCAAAAUCUGGGAUCUUCCUCUGGAAGGACUCCAUCUCAAUUUAGACUUCAAACAUGUGGGAUGCAAAGCCAGAGACAUUAUCAGAUUUCUCCAACAACGACUGAAAAAGGCUGUACCUUACAACAGAAUGAAACUCAUGAUUGUUGGAAACACUGGCAGUGGGAAAACCACCCUGCUGCAACAACUCAUGAAAUGCAAACGAACAGAAUUGGGCUCUGCAAAAGCUACAGUAGGCAUUGAUGUAAAAGACUGGAUCAUUCAAGGGAAAGGCAAAAUGAAGAAAGAGCUUAUAUUAAAUGUGUGGGAUUUUGGAGGACAAGAGGAAUUCUACAGUACCCACCCUCAUUUUAUGACCCAAAGAGCUUUGUAUCUUGCUGUUUAUGAUCUCAGCAAAGGACAAGCAGAGGUGGAUGCUAUGAAGCCAUGGCUUUUUAACAUCAAGGCUCGAGCUUCAACAUCCCCCGUCAUUCUUGUUGGCACUCAUUUAGAUGUUUCUGAUGAAAUGCAACGUAAGGCCUGCAUGAGUAAAAUUACUAGAGAGCUGUUGAACAAGCGAGGCUUCCCAGCAAUCCAAGAUUAUCACUUUGUUAAUGCCACAGAAGAAUCUGAUUCCAUUAUCAGACUUCGGAAAAUCAUAAUAAAGGAGAGUCUUCAUUUCAAGAUCAGAGAUCAGCCAGUAGUUGGUCAGCUUAUUCCUGACAGCUACCUGGAGCUGGAGAAGAGAAUUUUGCUGGAACGUAAAAAUGUCCCGGUUGAAUUUCCUGUGAUUGAUCAGAAACGUUUGCUGGAACUGGUACAAGAAAGCCAGUUACAGCUGGAUGAAAAUGAACUUCCUCACGCAAUUCACUUUCUGAAUGAAUCAGGUGUACUCCUUCAUUUUCAAGACCCAGCACUACAGCUAAGAGAUCUUUAUUUUGUAGAUCCUAAGUGGCUAUGUAAAAUCAUGGCACAGAUUCUGAUGGUGAAAGUGGAAGGCUUUUCUAAAUAUCCUAAGGGGAUUGUAAAGCGUUCAGAUGUAGAAAAGUUCCUUUUAAAGAAGAGCAAGUUUCCAAAGGUCUACAUGUCACAAUACUUUAAGCUUCUGGAAAAGUUUCAGAUUGCUUUGCCAUUAGGAGAGGAUCAGCUACUAAUCCCAAGCAGUUUGUCUGAUCACAGGCCUGUUAUAGAGCUUCCCCACUGUGAAAAUUCAGAAAUUAUCAUCAGGCUUUAUGAAAUGCCAUACUUUCCUAUGGGAUUUUGGUCCAGGCUGAUCAACAGGUUGCUUGAAAUAUCACCUUACAUGCUGUCAGGAAGAGAGCGAGCUCUUCGUCCUAACAGAAUGUAUUGGAGACAAGGCAUCUACUUGAACUGGUCUCCUGAAGCUUAUUGCCUAGUGGAGUCAGCAGUAUUUGAUAACAACCCAGACAGUUUUUUGAAAAUUACUGCACCUUCUUGCAGAAAAGGGUGCAUCCUUUUGGGGCAAGUUGUGGAUCACAUAGAUUCUCUUAUGGAAGAAUGGUUUCCAGGUUUGCUGGAUAUAGAUGUAUGUGGUGAAGGGGGAACACUGUUGAAGAAAUGGGCUCUGUACAGCUUUCAGGAUGGUGACGAACACCAAAAAAUACUACUUGAUGACUUACUUAAAAAAGCUGAAGAAGGUGACCUUUUGGUAAAUCCAGAUCAACCAAGACAUACCAUUCCAAUAGCUCAGAUUGCUCCUGACCUGAUACUGGCUGAUUUGCCUAGAAAUAUUAUGUUGAACAGCGAUGACCUGGAAUUUGAUGAAGCUCCUGAAUUUCUCUUGGGUGAUGGUGGGUUUGGAUCUGUGUACCGUGCAUCCUAUGGUGGAGAAGAUGUUGCUGUGAAGAUUUUCAAUAAGCAUACUUCCCUCAGGCUCCUCAGACAAGAGCUUGCAGUGCUUUGCCACCUCCAUCACCCCAGUUUAGUGUCUCUGUUGGCUGCUGGAAUCCGUCCCCGAAUGCUGGUGAUGGAAUUAGCCCUUAAGGGAUCUCUGGAUCGCUUGCUUCAGCAAGACAAUGCAAGUUUAACUAGAACACUUCAGCACAGAAUAGCUCUACAUGUAGCUGAUGGCUUAAGGUACCUGCAUUCAGCAAUGAUCAUCUACCGGGAUUUAAAGCCUCACAAUGUGUUGCUUUUUACCCUAUAUCCCAAUUCAGCUGUUAUUGCAAAAAUAGCUGACUACGGCAUUGCCCAGUAUUGCUGCCGAAUGGGAAUAAAAACCUCCGAAGGCACCCCAGGAUUUCGAGCACCGGAGGUUGCCAGAGGAAAUGUUAUUUACAAUCAGCAAGCUGAUGUUUAUUCAUUUGGCUUGCUGCUUUAUGACAUUUUAACAGAAGGAGGUAGAAUAAUGGAAGGCUUGAAGUUUCCAAAUGAAUUUGAUGAAUUAGCAAUACAAGGAAAGUUACCAGAUCCUGUCAAAGAAUAUGGGUGUGCCCCCUGGCCUGAAGUUGAAAAUUUAAUUAAAAAGUGCUUGAAGGAAAACCCUCAGGAGCGACCAACAUCUUCCCAGGUUUAUGAGAUCUUGAAUUCUGCAGAGCUUAUCUGUUUGAUGAGGUAUGUGUCAAUACCCAGCACUUCCACAGCAGAGUGCAUGGUGGCUGCCAGCCAGAGCUGCAAGAAGGCAGGAGUCUGGAUAGGCAAUGGGAACACAGAAAAAGCACAGCUUUCCUUUGUUAACCUCAAUACAGAUGGACAUACUUGUGAGGAUAUUGCAGAUAGUAAAAUUUUAAGUUUGGCCUUAGUGACCCUUCCUACUGAGAAAGAAAACUGGAUUGUGGCAGGAACCCAGUCGGGUUCUCUGUGGGCAGUUAACACAGAAGAUGAAACAAGAAGGCAUCGUCUGCAGAAAAUGUCAGAUUCCAUCACUUGUUUAUAUUGUAAUUCUCUUUCAAAGCAAAGGAAACAGAAUUUCUUCCUGGUGGGCACAGCUGAUGGCAAACUGGCAAUUUUUGAAGAUAGAGCAGUAAAGUGUAAGGGUGCUACCCCUUUGAAGACUCUAACUAUAGGAAAUGUUAGUACACCACUCAUGUGCUUGAAUGAAUCCUCAAACUUAUCUGAAAAAAAUCUAAUCUGGGGAGGCUGUGGAACAAAAAUAAUUGCCUUAACCAGUGAUUUCUCUGUUCAAAAGCUCAUUGAAACAAAGACAAGUCAACUAUUCUGUCAUAAUGCAUACAGUGAUGCAAAUAUUAUUUCAAUAGCAAUAGACAAAUCCAUCUAUUUGGCAAAGAAAAACAGCCAUUUUGUGGAAAUCUGGGACAAGAAGACCGAAAAACUUUCAGAACUAAUUGAUUGUGCACAUUUUCUUAAGAAUAAAGUGGAAAAGCUAAAUAAGGAAUCAAAACAUAAACUGGCUUAUUCUGGAAGAGUAAAGACCAUUUGCCUGCAGAAAAAUACUGCAUUAUGGAUAGGGACAGGAGGGGGACAUAUCUUGCUGCUUGAUUUAUCAACACGUCGUCCUGUACGAGUUAUAGACAACUUUUGUGAUUCUGUUAGAGUCAUGAUAACAGCUCAGCUAGGGAGUCUCAAGAAUGUUGUCCUGGUUUUGGGAUAUUGCUAUAAAAGUGACACCGAAGACAACAAAUAUCACAAAGAAUUACAAUCCUGUGUGUCAGUGUGGGACAUGAACCUGCCCCAUGAAGUGCAAAACCUGAAAAAACAUAUAGAAAUGAGACAGGAAUUAGCAGAAAAAAUGAAGAGCUUUUCUUUGGACUGA